GCCAGCCCGAGCCCAGAGCUCCCUUCCUGUGGGCAAGGCCGACAGCGGAGCCGAGCGCCGGCCGAGGCCCGGGCCGGCCGCCCCCGCUCCGCUCGCCCAUGGCGGAGACCAAGAUCAUCUACCACAUCGACGAGGAGGAGACGCCGUACCUGGUGAAGCUGCCCGUGCCGCCGGAGAAAGUCACGCUGGCCGAUUUCAAAAAUGUCCUCAGCAACCGGCCCGUGCACAGCUACAAGUUCUUCUUCAAGUCCAUGGACCAGGAUUUCGGGGUGGUGAAGGAAGAGAUCUCAGAUGACAAUGCAAAGCUCCCUUGCUUCAAUGGAAGAGUGGUGUCCUGGCUGGUCCUGGCUGAAAGCUCCCACUCUGACACGGGCUCCCAGUGCACCGAGAGCCACACGGACCUUCCACCACCCCUGGAGAGGACAGGAGGCAUCGGAGACUCCCGGCCCCCAUCCUUCCACCCCAACGCUGCCAGCAGCAGGGAUGGCCUGGACAACGAGACAGGGACAGAGUCCGUGAUCAGCCACCGGCGCGAGCGGCACCGGCGCAGGAACCGCGACGGCCACGAGGACGUCCCCAGGAUCAAUGGGCACCCCAAGCUGGACAGGCACCGUGAGCACCCCCCUGGCUACGACAGCUCCUCCACCAUGAUGAGCAGCGAGCUGGAGUCCAGCAGCUUCAUCGACUCCGAGGACGAUGACAACACCAGCAGGCUGAGCAGCUCCACGGAGCAGAGCACCUCAUCCCGGCUCAUCCGCAAGCACAAGCGCCGGAGGAGGAAACAGAGGAUGCGGCAGAUUGACAGGUCGUCCUCGUUCAGCAGCAUCACUGACUCCACCAUGUCCCUGAACAUCAUCACUGUCACACUCAACAUGGAAAAAUAUAACUUCCUGGGCAUCAGCAUUGUGGGACAGAGCAACGACCGGGGCGAUGGUGGCAUCUACAUCGGCUCCAUCAUGAAGGGAGGGGCGGUGGCAGCGGACGGGCGCAUCGAGCCGGGGGACAUGCUGCUGCAGGUGAACGAUGUCAAUUUUGAGAACAUGAGCAACGACGACGCCGUGCGGGUUUUACGGGAAAUCGUCUCCAAACCAGGACCUAUCAGCCUAACAGUAGCCAAAUGCUGGGACCCUACUCCCAGGAGUUAUUUCACCAUCCCCAGGGCUGAGCCGGUGCGGCCGAUCGACCCCGCGGCGUGGAUCUCUCAUACCACGGCCAUGACGGGAGCGUACCCCCGUUACGGUAUGAGCCCUUCCAUGAGCAUCACCACAUCUACCAGCUCCUCACUAACAAGCUCAAUUCCCGAGUCGGAAAAAUUAGAAGAAUCUCCCUUAACUGUGAAGAGUGACAUGGCUACUAUUGUCAAGGUCAUGCAGCUGCCAGACUCAGGCCUUGAAAUUCGGGACAGGAUGUGGUUAAAAAUCACCAUCUCCAAUGCAGUGAUAGGAGCAGAUGUGGUGGACUGGCUUUACACGCACGUGGAAGGCUUCAAGGACCGCCGGGAGGCCAGGAAAUACGCCAGCAGCAUGCUGAAACACGGCUACCUCAGGCACACUGUGAACAAAAUCACCUUCUCAGAGCAGUGCUAUUACGUCUUUGGAGACCUCUGUGGCAAUCUGGCUGCACUGAACCUGAACAACGGCUCCAGCGGUGCCUCGGACCAGGACACCCUGGCUCCGCUCCCACAUCCCGCUGCUCCCUGGCCCUUGGGCCAAGGAUAUCCCUACCAAUAUCCUCUGCCCCCUCCUUGUUUCCCACCAGCCUACCAAGACCCAGGCUUUAGCUAUGGCAGCGGCAGCGCAGGCAGCCAGCAGAGCGAAGGGAGCAAAAGCAGCGGCUCCAACCGGAGCACCAGCGAGACCAGCAGGAGAGGAGCGGGCAGGGAGAAGGAGCGCAAAUCCGGGGGCAGCGGCAGCGAGUCGGAGGCGGCGGCGCGACGCGAGCGCCCGCUCAGCCAGCUGAGCCAGCGCAGCCACAGCGACAGGAGCCACCAGAGCCAGCACUCGUACGGGCCCCCGGGGGUGCCACCCUUGUACAGCCUGCCCAAGCUGGGCUCCAAGGCGCUGGGCAGCAGCAGCGGCCCGCCCGGAGCGCCGCCGGUGCGCGAGCUGAGCGCCGUGCCGCCCGAGCUCACCGGGAGCCGCCAGUCCUUCCAGAAGGCCAUGGGCAACCCUUGCGAGUUCUUCGUGGACAUCAUGUGAGAGGAAGUGCCUUCAAAAGACUCUCUGCACAAGGGUGGGGGUUGGGGUGUUUUUUGGGGUUGGGUUUUUUUUUUUUUUUUUUGUUGUUGUCGUUGUUCGUGGGGUCGGGUUUGGGGUCGUUGUGGAAGAGGCUCGGCUGUCUUUGCAUGUCACACCUUGCUGCUGGCGGGGAAAAAGGAGAAAAAGUGUCGACAGAACGGAACAAAAAAAGAAAAGAAAAAAACAUUACGAAACCACCCCUUCCCCACCCGCCUACAAAAAUGAACAACAAAAUCUCCUGGGAUUGUUAAAUGUCAGCAAAUCGACGGCAUCUUUUCCUUACCUUUAUUUUAUUUUUUCUUUUCCUCCCUUCCCCAUCUCGUUUUGGAUCGUGAAUGGCUGGCGUGUAUUCACAUCUUAAUGAGCUUUGGUCAUUGUGGCACCUACUUCAGUGGAAUUAGUGUCUCUUUUUGGGCUGAUUGGAGGACUGGUAUUUCACAUGACUUCUAAAUUCCUGACAAUGCAUAGGAGCACUUUGAUUUUUUCCCUGCUUUUUCUCUUGCAAGGACAAAACGACUGCUGGCUGGUAUCUGGGAUACUGCCUUGGAAUGCUGUUUCUUGGAUGCAUCCCUAGCUCUAAGCAGACAUGGCACCCAGAAGUGCUUGGAAAGGAGUAGGAUCCAACCAAUUCCUAGAGGAGAACAAAGCUGUGGCUACUUCCUGCUGACUAGGGAGUAUAAAUCAAUCUUUCUUGGGUUCUUUGAGGGUUUGGUUGGGGUUUGUUUUUAAGAUAUUCUGUCAAGGCGGUGCUGGAGUCUUGCUGCUGUAUGUGUUUGUUGUGCUGAACUUGUAAAGUUAUUUCCUUCAGUUAUUUCCUUCUUUCCCAAGAGGGAUUUUCCAGCUGCACUCGCAUUUCAGUCACCUCCCUGCUGCUAGGUGUGGCUGCUCCCUCUGGAUGUGCACUUGCUCGCAGGUUGGAAGAGUUAUUCCCACAGAAACAGGAAAAUUGCUGCAGUUCUGUCAGCUUUUCCCUUUGGAAGGGGCUGUUUAUCCCAUUCCAGCAGAGACACCGGGAAAUCCUGGCUCCCAGUGGGACGUGGCUCUUUGUUGUGAUCCCUCCUUCCUUUCUGAGCAGAAUCUUCCUCUUUUUCUGUUGAAAACAGACCUGGAGAGGUCUGAUCCCCCAGGGAGCAUUUCAGAGAGGUGUGAGGGUGUCUGAGAGCAGAUCAGAAAUGGUACAAAAAGAAAUUCCACCCUGGAAAAGAAAUCCUUACCCCUGACUCCGAGUUAAACCCACCCUGGAGCUCCUCAAAAAGAAAUCCUUACCCCUGACUCCGAGUUAAACCCACCCUGGAGCUCCCAAAAAGAAAUCCUUACCCCUGACUCCGAGUUAAACCCACCCUGGAGCUCCCAAAAAGAAAUCCUUACCCCUGAUACCGAGUUAAACCCACCCUGGAGCUCCCAAAAAGAAAUCCUUAACCCUGACUCCGAGUUAAACCCACCGUGGAGCUCCCAAAAAGAAAUCCUUACCCCUGACUCUGAGUUAAACCCACCCUGGAGCUCCUCAAAAAGAAAUCCUUAACCCUGACUCCUCCUGCUGAGGAGCUCUGACUGAAGCAACUGCUGUUGAAUAUCCCCAGGAUUUAAUUUGUGGCUAUUUUCUGCUCUGAGGCUCUGAAAAGUAAUUUCAAGAAGCUUCAUUGAUAUUUAAGAAGCUUUUUUAAGGCAUGCUGAGCACAGCCACCCUCUGCUGCAGUGGCUCAUUUAAUGAGACACGAGCUGUAGCCACCUCUGGUUUGACCAUGGGGCCAUUCCUCAGUUAAAUCCUCUUUUGUGAGAUCCCUGCUGCUGGCAGGAUUUAGGACAGGUGCUUUAAAAUCAGUCUUUACUGUAAAUAAGCCUUUUCUUCGCUGGUAAGAAGCUUCUUUUUGGUCUGUUCCGUGCUUUUUGGGUAAAUAUCCAGGGUGGGUGUGAAGAGAUAACACCUUCCUCUCUGUACACACAGAGUUCAAUUUGUCACCCUGAAAAUUAAUUCUUCAAAAUCUCAUUCUGAUUUUUCACUUCUUUCCUUUUUCCCACCUCUGUGUGCAAACACCUCCCUUUGUCAGAGACUCCAGAUGUUUGUGGUAAUGGGAGCCUCAAUUUCUCCUUCCACAGGGAGCCAGGAAUUUGGGAAACUGUCACUCAGCCUAUUUCUGAGCUUCUGAAUUAAUUUUCUUUACAAAAACCUCCCCAGAAAGGUUCUGAAAGCAGAGCUUUCAUCCCCAUCCAUGGAUGGCUCCUCCGAAAGAGGUCCUGCCUCAAGCUUGACUGUACAGCAGGAAUUUUCUUUUCCUUCCCUCCUCCCAGAUGCAAACCUGACUUGGUAAAUUAUUCUGAAAGACUGACACUUAGAGCAGUGAAGCAAAUCAGGGUAAAAUAAUGGUGGGAUUCUGCUCUGUCUCCUGGAGACACUGCUGAGGAGUCUGAGACUUUACUGACAAUCACUAGUGGUUCUACUUUUAAAAGAAUGGAGAUUCUUCCAGCCUCUUACAAAUUAAGAUUUCUCUGGCCCUGUUUGUUUUGAGGCAGAACUCAGAGGGCUGGAGGAGAAAAAAAAAAAUCUCCUUUAAAUGUUUCCAAAAAUGGGAUUAAAGCUGGGGGCUGAGCUUUCCCCCAUGUUUAAUUCCUUGUUUUUCCAAGAGCUGCAGUUCACACGUGCUGGGGCUUUGCUUUUGUCUCGUGGUUUUGCUGUUGGCAGAAGCUGUUCUGUGUCUUUGCUGCUGUGCUGAGCAUCUCCCGUGCUCUCCACGUGGGUCGGGCUGGCACGGGGCUGGCAGUCCCUGACAGCGGUGGGGCAGCGUUUGCUGGUGAACUCAGGCUGGAGCAGCUUCCCCUGCAGGUGAAGGAUGCUCUGGGGCUGCUGCAGGGGUGGGUGCUGCUGUCUGCAGAGCAGGAGGGAGCAGUGCAAUAUUGAAGGGGAGCACCAAAAUCCUGCAUUUCCCCACCGAGUCAGGGCAAGGUCAGGCCCGGGUCUUUGCCACAUCUCCCUUUCCUCAGUGGAACAAAGGCAGGAGAUUUCCCAAAUCCCAUCCUUUGUGCCCUUCCAGCUCCCUGUGCAGCUCUCUCCUGUUGGGAGCAGCGUUCCCUGCAGGAGCACGUGCCAGGAGCUGCCCACGGUGGGAAUUGUGCCAGGUGGAAGAAAACGUGGAGGCUGGAGUGCUGCAGACCCAUCAUUUCUGUCCCACCGGGGCCUGAAAUUUAAUUUUGAUGUAAUGGCUCUGGCUGCAGGGAGAGGUUUGCUGUGCUGGGCAUGGGGACACCCUCAGAACAGGAGCCUGAAGCGAUUUGAUUUCUGUUCUGCAGCUGAGCUCAGUGCUCACACAUCCCUGCCGCACACCCAGCAGCAGGGACGUCUGCAGCACCCUGGAAAAGGCUGAGGAAAACACCUUGGGAUGACAUCUCCCUCCCACGAGAGGCAGGAUGAGCAGGGAGAGUGUCUCCAGCCAGUGUUGGAACUCUGAGGGGUAAAUUCUUUAGCAGAUAGUCUUAAAAGGAUGCUGGUGUCUUUUAGCUCCUGUUCAUGAACCUGCUUUUCCAAGGAAACAGUCCCCUGGACACUUUAUCCAAAGGUUUUACUGGAUGGCAAGCAGUGAUGCACAGACGUUGACUUUUGCUAUGAUUUUUGUUCUCUCCCCUCCUGAGACUUGACAGCUCAUGGGUUGAUGUAAUUGUUUUGGUUUAUUUUUGUUUUGUUUUGUUUUGCAUUUAACUGGAUUGUAAUAAGAUUGACUUAAAAUUAUUAAUUCUAAUCAGUGAUUAGAAACACAUGUAAAGAAUUUUAUGUACAGUAGAGGAACAAAGUUACAUGAUUUUAAAUAAUGAAAACCCAGACUAUCACCUAUCCUAGAAUUGGUUCUACUCAAAGAGUGACCUAUUAUUAGCAUGGACUGCACUGUUCCUGUUAAAUGUCUAUUGCAUAAUUGAAUUCUUUUUUGUAGAUAUUGUAUUAAAACCCAAGUGUCUGUAUAGUUAAUAUAUAGCUGCUUAUGUGUAAAUGCUAUUUUAAACACUAAAAAGCUUUUAAUUUUAUGUGAUAA